AUGGCAACCUUUGGAAAACUACAGGCGGCUCUUGCAGCAGCUACCAACGAGGUAACUGUGGCAGCUGCCAACAUCAAUUUCGACUUUACACUUGUCAAGUAUGAGGCACCAAAAGAGUUCCGCCCUCUUGAAGGAUAUCUCACUACAACCAGAAAGCAAGACGCUGAAUCCGGAAAAUCACACGUCAUAGCUCGUCGUCUUGGUGCACUUUUCAGUGGAAUUUGUCCAGAUACACCAAACUUAAUCAAAGCAUAUGGCGCCAGAGUUUCCGAAAUUUCGAAGACAGCAACUCAAAAAGAAUCACAGGAAUAUUCCAAGUCGAUUUUCGCUUCUUAUAUCGGGGUUGAUGCAACUUCCAUCUGGGCUGCUGCUACAUCAUCGAAAUCAGCUAUUCAUGUCCAUCUAUUGGCUUGCAUGUUAGCGGAACUUUGGGACGCAUCUGAGGCCACUUCAAUCUGGGUAGAACUAGUGGAAAAGCGACGAAAAGACAUCGCCCAUCGACUUGAACAAGGAGAGACGCUGCACUUUGGUCUUGCAUCAGCUGCAGUACAACAAGAAAUUACAAGAGAUCAACUUGCUUCUUGGGAUGCUAGCGCACGGGCUUGGAUCCAGACAGGAAAGUCCGUGAUGAGGAGGAAUGACACCCAAUUGAGGCUGAUCCUGAAAAACGUCUACUUUGCUAUUAAUCCUAGCGAAGCACCAUUUGUCAGUGUCAUUGACGCCUGGAAGCUGGCGAUUGAAACCACCGAAAAGUUGAUACUUGGAAUACCUCAAGAGGCGCAAAAUGGAGCCGCCAUUCUCGGCCUCUCAGCUUGGCAUAUCUACCCCGAUAUUCAUGUAUAUGGGACCAAGAAUACUCAAGUUUCCAUGAAUGAUGAGUUAGUCGGGGCUGGUGGUAUACUGUCACUUGCAUCUUGCCCUUCACAUGGAACCGAGUCACGUGGGGUUUACUGGUCUCUCUGCCUGAGCCAUCUGACAUUCUAUGGCCCUCCUGUGAAACGACACCAGUCGUUGGAAGAGGAUUCCCGUCGAAUACCCUUUGCUAAUCUACUUCAUGCCACUGUGGGUGCUAUAUUGAGCCGGUGGAGAGUCUCCUCGUCUGAUCUGGUCGAUGCAACCAAUAUCCUGUCAACCGUUUUCGACACCAUAGGUAUUGGAAACACUAGCUUUCAUCCAGCAAUGGCCCUGAUCAGUAACGCUGCCAAAGAAUGUUUGAACGAUGAUAAAGCAUGGAGCCAUAUGUUAUAUGGAAAACGGAGAUCAGGAUUUAUUAAAGACCCAGAUCUACAGAAAGUGGGCGCUAUCAGGGCCUUCUUUGGCCUAUCUGGUCUCACAUUGCUUCUAUCUUGUACUCCAGAGUUACAAGACCGCAUGUCAAUUCUACAACGCUUGACGAGAAGGGUCGAUCUAUCAGAUCAAGAGGUGAUCAUGUUCGAUCUGCCAUCCUCCACCGUACACGAUAUCGAUUUAGGGUUACUACGAUCCUCCAACAAGAGAUCGAAGCGUCGCAAGAAGACAUCUAAACAAGCGGAGUACAGAAUUGACGGCUUGGAACUCUACCAGGGAAGUGGAAACAAUGAGUCAGUUUUCGACUUCUGGAUCGGCGACUCCUCUUCUACAGCAAUCUACAAGAAGCGUGUUACGAAUGGGCUACAGACCGACCCUCCCACUAUAACUCUCGAAGAUAUGAGAUGGUGUUUCAAUAACUCGUUGGUCUGUCCACAUAGCCUUAUUCCCAAGCAUAUUAUGGGACUUUCUUUUGAAAAUUCAAUCAUUGUCCCUUCUUCGCUUGUCCGUGACCCUGGAGAUAAAGUGUCCAAAGUCACCAAACUGACGAGGAUUCUUGGUAAUAUUGGCCGGCCAGGACUAACAAUGUUAAUCCCUCCUGCAGACCCAAUGCUCGCCUCUUUGGAUGAGGGGACAUGGAGAAUCUCUAAUCUGAACAAUUUUAACGGGAGACCAGAAGAUAUGUUCAGCACUACCUCAUUACACCUUUCGUUCACAGAUUGGAGUCAGCCUUUAACCUCCGUAGGAAAUUCGGGUAAUCGAGAUGGUGAAGGAUCACUGAUGGAAGCUGUUGUUAGCAUCAAAGACUCGGGUCGGUGGGUCGGAGAUAUUGAUAUCUUGAAGGCGCUAGAAAGUGAUAUGAUUCACUUAGCACAACCGAAUUCUUCAUGCUCUCAUGAGCGUGGCUCUUUACCGCAGAAUUCGAUACAUUCGAUCGAGUGCUGGGACGAAUUACGAGAUUGCCCUGAGGAACAAGCAGUUAUUCGAGCAAGCGGUAACUGGGUAGCUCGCCUGGCAGCCACAUCAUAUCUAGCCCAAAAAAUGAGCCAAAAAGGAAUGAGGCCUUCAAGAAUUGUUAUAUGUCCUACUGAUGUCUGCUGGGAUUGUCGGGACGCAGAGAGUAAUAUGGAUGAUAUCUUUAUUCAUUAA